UGUCAAUGUCAGUCAACAACAGCUGAUGAAAACUUGGAGCGUUGGGAAAAGCGAAAAAUUUACGUCACUAUCUCGUAGAGAACUAAUGUGAAAAAAUGCAAAAUAUUCCGCCACGAUGCUAAAAAUCUCCACGCGAAACCGCCUACGCUCCAUCUGAAUCUAUUUUGUUUGAUACUCUAGCUAUUUCCGUCCAGUGUUCUCGCGGUGGUAGAAGAGCGCGCUCGUUUGAAAAUGGUGUCGCUCGCAGUUUUUGAUUUUGAUCGCACGAUCGUAGACGAUGACUCUGACGCCACAAUAAUAAAUAAAUUGAGGGAAAAGCAGCCGCCGCCAGAGUGGGAGACUUCUAAUCAUGACUGGACUCCUUAUAUGAGCGACGUCUUCGAGCACGCGUACUCGGCAGGCCUGAGCCAGGAUGACAUCUUGUCGGCCAUAGCGUCCAUGCGCGAGAACCCUGGCGUCUCCGAGCUGGUGAGGACAUUGGCUGCGUCCGGGUGGGAUGUUCUGCUGCUGACUGACGCCAACUCCGUCUUCGUCGACCAUUGGCUGAAGAGUCAUGGGCUUCAGGAGGCAGUCACCCAAGUGAUGACGAACCGCGCCUUCUGGCAGUCAGGGAGGCUGUACAUCGAGCCGCUGAUGAGGCAGACGGCCUGCUCCAGGUGUCCGAGGAACCUCUGCAAGUCCAUAGCCUUGGCUCAGUUCAUCGCUCAACGUCCACAAUACGACAGAGUGGUGUACGCGGGAGACGGCAGGAACGAUUUCUGUCCGGCCACAAAUCUACCGCCGCAUGCAAUAGUUUUCCCCCGCCGAGGCUAUCCCCUGGACGAAUUGGUGAAGAAGACGCUAGCCUCCCCCACACCCCUCGUGCAAGCCAAAGUGGUCCCCUGGGAUGACUUCUACACGAUCAUGAAAGAAUUAUUCCCUGAAAAGUCUAUAUCAUAAUUCUCGGAGGACCCAAGUGACUACCUUGCGGCGAACCGUUUAGAAAAUAAAAAAUGUACUUGCUUAAAAUUAAUUUCCUAGCUUGCGCAAUGAAAAUUUUGAAUUAAAAUACAUAUGCUGGUUUUCCUUAGCGGCUGGUCCGUAAAAAUCGGACAAGGGAUUGCUCAACUGACACACAUCAAAGCGACGGGGCUUAGUCUUAAAAAACAGGAAAUUAUUUUUACGAAAUUCAAUGAAUAUAAGCGGAGUCGCGGGCGGAGCUAGUUAAAAAUUAUUAUUUUAAAAACAAUAUUUUUAACCUACUUCAAAAAAGGAGGAGGUUUCUCAAUUCGACCGUAUAUUUUUGUAUGUACCUAUAGUUAAAAAAUUAUUUUUAUUAUUACUAAAAUUAAUUUAUGUUUUAAUAUUUUUAAGCUACUAUUGUGAUCUUAUUAAAUAUGUUACUAACUCUGUUUUAUUUCAAA